AUGGUAGGAGAGAGAGUUGUUUCAUAUGAUGAAAGACACCCAGUACUGCUACCACGUCAGCACCACAUUUCUACACUCAUAGUUAGCUACUUUCAUGAGCAAGGUCACGAAGGGGUAGCAACCACCGCCGCAAAAGUGAGACAGAAGUACUGGAUUGUGGGAGUUCAGAGGAUCGCCAAGACUGUGAAGUACAAAUGUGUGGUGUGCAGGAAAUCAGAACAUAGAGUAGAAUCCCAGUUUAUGGCAGAUCUUCCUAGUCAUCGUCUAGCACCAUGCACACCGCCGUUCUACUAUACGUCUUGCGACUAUUUUGGACCAGACCAGGUUCGAGUUGGUAGAAACAAAACAACAAAGCAUUACGGUGUGAUCUUCACGUGCUUGAAUACGAGGGCAGUGUAUCUAGAUGUCGCUGUCGACUGCUCAACAAUGGAGUUCCUUCAAGUAUUUCGCAGAUUUGUAGCAGUCAGAGGUUACCCAGCAGUCAUCUACAGUGACAAUGGUACUCAGUUUGUGGGUGCUGAGAAGGAGCUUCGAGCUAUGGAACAAGGCUGGAGUGAAUCUCAGCUAAGAGAGUUUUGUGCCGAACGAGGAAUCCAGUGGAAGUUUGUGACACCAUCUGCGCCACAUCAGAAUGGAUGCGUCGAAUCCCUAGUGAAGAGUUGCAAGAUAGCGCUACGCAAAGCAAUAGGAGAUCAGAUCCUUCGUCCCUUUGAGCUACUUACCUGUUUGACAGAAGUCGCAAAUUUAGUGAAUCAGCGCCCUAUUGGCAGAGUGCCCAAUGAUCCAGAUGACGGUUCCUAUCUUUCGCCCAAUGACAUGUUGUUAGGACGCGCAUCUACAUCAGUUCCACAAGGACCAUUCCGGGAAACGCCUAAUCCGAGGCAUCGAGUUGAAUUUGUACAGAGAAUCAUAAACUCUUUCUGGAAGGCCUGGAACCGAGACGUAUUUCCUCUACUUGUUCCACGGAGGAAGUGGAAUGUGGAGAAACGCAACGUUCGCGUUGGUGAUAUUGUUUUGUUGUCAGAUCCUAAUUCCGUUCGCGGAAAAUGGACCCUAGGUAAGAUAGUUAACGUCUAUCCAGGGUCAGACAACAAGAUAAGAAACGUUAAAGUAAAGACAAAGAAUAAUGAAUAUCGGAGACCAGUCACAAAGAUAGUGGUCUUGUACCCUGUUGAAGGUUACAAGGAUUAA